UGGGGCUUUCAGCCUUUCAGAAACAAAGAAAGUCUUACAACAGAGCGUACUGGUCUAUGUGCUCAUUAUUCAAUGAGCUCAGUUCAAGUCUCACUUGUCCACUUAAAGAAUGCUUUGCUUGUUCAGAAUUAUCUUGAAAAACUUGAGCAUUUUUUUUUUUUUUUUCAAGCAGCAUGCACUUGGCAAUAAAUCAACCCGAAAAACACCACAAUAAGAAGACAUUGGACACUAAGCUUUUCUCCAGAUGUUUCCAGAGUUGCGCAAUGAAAAAUCUUGUUUGACACUCAGAAAAGACAAGUUGUUUUGCACCUUCAGGAAACUACAACCUUUCUUUUUCUCUUUCGGAUUUCUUCAAAUAGUUCUUCUGUAAUUCUGUCUCUCGUUUGUUACCUAGCAAAUAGCAUACAACUGUCUGUAACAUAGUGUGUUUGUGCCUCUCUGGAUGUAAGAUCCAGCGUCUAGCUCACUGAGUUCUGUGUAUGCAUAUCGGAUGUAUGCUCCUAGAUCACCGUGUUGUGUGUGUGUCAGUAGAGACUAGUGGAACACAUCCGGCGAGGAAGCUGUGAACUAAAAAGCUUGUCGGUAGCAGAUUUCACUUUUCAUUUAUUUUUUUUCGGGGGGAAAUUGUCAGGACUUAGGACAGGAAGUAGGAUGAUGAGGGAGGGAGGUGGAGGUGGUUGUCUUGGACUCCCAGGAAUGUUACGAGUGUUCUUGUUGGGGACUUGUGCUCUUACGGUCCUGAGCUCUGCAGGCUUGGUGUUCCUUCUGGUGCAAAACAUGCGGCUGUCAGCCCACCUGGCCCGGUUGGAUCUAAAGCUCCGGGUGCUCUCAGAGACCUCUGACGCCGUGCUGCAUCAUUCUACAGCAGUAUCCCUCAGGGCCAGCAGGGACCCUGGAGAGGAAGCUUCCCACAGGACCAGCAGGGACCCUGGAGAGGAGACUGACAGGUUGCAGGUGCUCUCAGAGGAAUCUAGGUGGCAGACAUCACCCCACAGGACCAGCAGGGAAGACCCAGGCAGAGAGGAGGCAGAAAGGGAGCUGCAGCAUGGCCGACCCCGCAGUAAGAGGAGUCAGGCUGGGAAACACCAGACUAAGCGACAGCAGAAACAUGAAGACAGGGAUAUAAUGAUGGUGAUGACAUACUCUAUGGUCCCGAUCAAGGUCCUGUUGGAACUAUGCAACAGCACAAAAGACAUGUGUUUAACAGGCUCACCAGGACCUCCAGGCACUCCAGGUGUGGAUGGGAAGCCAGGAAUCAAUGCUACAGAAGGCAUACCAGGACCACCUGGAGCUGCAGGGAGACGAGGGAAAAAAGGUCCCCCUGGAGAGAGAGGGGAGCCUGGGGUGAAAGGAGACGUGGGAGACCCUGGACCUCCAGGACUGAAGGACGAGAACACCAAUGACAUCGUCAUAGAGGGGCCUCCGGGUCCAAGGGGCCCUCCUGGCCCUGCCGGUCCCCCUGGUCUACCUGGCUGCCCAGCGACCUUAGAGGACCCAGAACCCUCUAGAAAUUGGACCAUGAGAGCACACUUGUUAGAGAACACCUGUCUCCGUCAAGCCAACAUGUCUGACUCUCUGGGUACAGAAAAUACAGCCACAAGCAGUAACACCUUGAAUGUAACCAACGCAGAGAAUGUUAAUCGAACCAUCAGAGUAGAUAUCCAUCAAGCCAACAUGUCUACGGAGUCAGCGAAUCUAGCCGCAAGUAAUGACACGUUGAGUGAAACUGACACCGAGAACGAGGAAGCAAAUGACCGACAAAUGACAUACACAAAGAUUGUGGAAGAAGGACCUUUGAACGCAACUGAGAGCAAGAUUGUGGAAGACGGACCUUUGAACUCAACUGACACUGAGAUUGUGGAAGAAGUACCUUUGAACGCAACUGACAGCAAGAUUGUGGAAGAAGGACCUUUGAACGCAACUGACAGUAAGAUUGUGGAAGAAGGACCUUUGAAUGCAACUGACAGUAAGAUUGUGGAAGAAGGACCUUUGAACGCAACUGACAGCAAGAUUGUGGAAGAAGGACCUUUGAAUGCAACUGACAGUAAGAUUGUGGAAGAAGGACCUUUGAACGCAACUGACAGCAAGAUUGUGGAAGAAGGACCUUUGAAUGCAACUGACAGUAAGAUUGUGGAAGAAGGACCUUUGAACGCAACUGACAGUAAGAUUGUGGAAGAAGGACCUUUGAAUGCAACUGACAGUAAGAUUGUGGAAGAAGGACCUUUGAACGCAACUGACAGUAAGAUUGUGGAAGAAGGACCUUUGAACUCAACUGACACUGAGAUUGUGGAAGAAGUACCUUUGAACGCAACUGAGAGCAAGAUUGUGGAAGACGGACCUUUGAACUCAACUGACACUGAGAUUGUGGAAGAAGUACCUUUGAACGCAACUGACAGCAAGAUUGUGGAAGAAGGACCUUUGAACGCAACUGACAGUAAGAUUGUGGAAGAAGGACCUUUGAAUGCAACUGACAGUAAGAUAGUGGAAGAAGGACCUUUGAACGCAACUGACACCGAGAUUGUGGAAGAAGCAGCAUUUAAGAAAACUGCAGAAAUCUUCUCUGCUCCCCCCAAUGACACCUUGAAUGUAACCGACACAGAGGAUGCGAAAGAAGCACCUGUUUGGAAAGCUGAAGACAUUAUCAAAACAAUAACAUGCUUUCCAAACGUCACUAAAAUGGAAACUACAUUUGGAGUUUGGAUGCAAGAUGCAGCCCAGGUGAACGAUAACCACAUUUGGAUGGCUGAACACUUUUCAGGUCGAGUCUUGCAGGAGUACAAGAGCAUUGCAUCAUUUUCUAACAGCAGCAGCAGGUCUAUUGACAUGAGGAAGUUCUACCAGGGUUGUGGACACAUCAUCUACAAUGGGUCGAUGUACUAUCACAAUGCAGGAACCUCGAAAGUUGUCAAGGAUAACCUGAAGACCAGGAGAUUACAGACACUGGCCGUUGAGAAUGCUCUUUACCACAAUCGAACCUAUCUCUUCCACAACUCCAAGACAUACUUUAAGUUUGCUGUGGACGAGAACGGACUGUGGCUCAUAUAUGCUUCAGUUGUCAAUGGGACCAUGAUGGUUGCCAAGUUAAACCAUAAGAGGUUUUCUGUGUUGUCUGUGGUUAGCACGUCCUAUCCUGUACUGAACGCUGGGAAUGCUUUUGUUGCAUAUGGAGUUCUGUAUAUGACUGACACCAAAGACACAAAAGUCACACAUGCCUUUGACUUAAUGAAAGAGAAACCUUUGAAUGUAAAUUUGGAUCUCAGAUCAGCCAAUGGUAUUAUGGCUAUGUUGUCAUAUUAUCCCCGAAAUCAACUUUUGUAUAUGUGGGACAACAGCUAUGUGAAAAUAUGCAAGGUUUAUUUUUUUUAGUUUGGAUCAAAAAGUCUAGUCAAAUGUUAUGGUCGUAAAUAAAUCUUAUGGUCGUAAAUAAAUCUUAUGAUCGUAAAUAAAUCUUAUGAUCGUGGGAGACAUUCUGCCUAGGAGAAUACAGCCAUACCUUGAAUGUAACCAAUGCAGAGAAGGUUCUAUUAACAAAUCAGAGCACACACCCAUCAAGCCAACAUGUCUAUGAUUGUCCUGGCAGAGUGUUCUCAUUUUUUAAGAAUUUGAAUGUCAUAAAAUAUAUAUUUUUGUAUAAUAUUUGGCAUCGGGUUUUUUUUUUUCUUCUUCUUCUCAUUCAUUUUGUACAAUUACCAAUAAAAACAUGUUUUCUUUU